AUGGAUAAUUGUUUUUCCUCGUAUUAUAAUUCCGGAGGUUCUCUGUAUUCCGAAGUUUCUCUAAUACCACAAUUUCGAAUUAUUAAAAAUCAUAUAAAACAGCGAACCAGUUCCUUAAUUAAUGAGAAUGAUAAAAGUAACUUUAGGAAAGGAUGUCUAUAUUUGGCUGAUUAUCUAAUUAAGUAUAAUAAACCACCACAAUAUUAUGAAGAUUAUAAAGUAACGUGGAAAGGAGCUUUAAACAAAAGCUUAAGUGGUUACUACAGAAAUCUAGAAAAACAUAGAGGAUGCCCUUUGAUUUUAGAGGAAAAAGAUAAAAAUAUUUUAGAAUUAAAAUAUAAAGAAGUAGAUUUCUGCGAAAAAAAAGGUCAAUAUUUAAAAGAAAUAAAACAGUUACAAAGAAAACACUUACAAAAUUGUAAUGAUCAAUAUUUAAAGAAGUGUAAGGAGUAUAAGGAGUGGAUUAAUGAAAGAAAGAUUUAUUUUGAUGAAAAUAAAACUCUUUUUAAAGAUUGUUACAAAACAAAUAAAAGACAAACAUUCAUAUGCAACAUACGUGAUAAAAAAUCUUUUAUAGUACCUACAGAAUGCAUAUCCUCGAAUUUAGAGGAAACAUGUCAAGUUCUACCAAAAGAAGAAGUGAAAAGUUUACAAAAACAAACUGACAGCAUUGAUAAAAGUACAUUUACAUCUCCUGUUCAAAUAGAGCAUGGUGUCAAAAUUACAGAAGGUCAAGGUAGGCCUCAGGAACAAAUUCAACUCGAAUCAAAUUCUCAACUUCAAGCACCACCACUUUCAUCAGAAAUUGAUAGUACACAAGAUAGAACAUCAGAUAUUCCUCGCAUACUAUCCUCACAAGAUGUAAAUUUAGCAUCUCUUAAAGAUUCUAUAUCUGAACACGAAAGAUCACAAAAAAAUGUAACAUUGCAACAAACAAAUUCUUACAUCGAUCCCCCUCAUUCUGAAACUACAUCGUCAGUGCUUCCUGUAUCAUUUCCUUCCACACGUUUUCCUAAUCGUGUUGAAUCUUCUAUAAUUCUAGAAAACAGUUUUCUUAAAAAAUAUACAUCAUCUAUUUUAAUUAGUUUUAUAUUUAUUAUUCUGUUUUCCCUUUUUAUUAAAUACACAUUAAUAGAAUUCUUAAGGAAAAAAGAAAAGAUAGGAAGAAAAUAUCUAAAAUUACUUAGAUUAGUAGUUCCCUCAUUUUCUAAUAGAAAAGGGGAGUUUUCAUCAUAUGAUAAAUUGGAAAACCCAAUAUAUUAUGACGAAGAAAUUAUAAAAAAACUAAAAAUAAAUGAAUAUUACAAUAUUAAAAAUUUAAAUUCAUCAAGGCGAAAAGAGGAACGAUCCAAAACUAUUAUAGAAGUACAUAUGGAAGUACUAGAGAAAUGUAGAAACAAAGAAUGGGAAUUAAACAAAGGACAAUUUUUAGUAAUAUGCCUUGAAGAAUUUACAAGAGACAAAUACAGAACCUAUCCAAAUAUAACAAAUGAAGAAAUAUUAACAGGAAAUUCUAAAUUUGGCAGUAACCUUAAAAAAAAAAGCAUUCUAUGGAGUAAAUGGAUGGAAGGAAAUAUAGAUCUUUCUGAAAAAUUGAAAAAAACGGAUUUCUUUAACAAUUUGAAAAAUGAAUGGAAAAAAGAGCAAGCUUACCUAAAUAAAUUGGAUAAACUAAAAAAGAAUAAUAAAAAUGAUAUUCAAAAAUUUCCAUUAUUAGAAAGAGAGAAGGAAUUAUGGAGACAAUGGAUAAAUAAAAAGAACAUAAUUAUAGAACAGUAUUUGGAAAAAAAUUUGUUUAGCGUAUUAACACAGGAAUUUCUAAAUAUAUCAGAUGAAUAUGAUAAUAAAAUAAGAAAUAAGGAUAUAUCACCAAUAAAUAUAGAAGAAUUAAGGCACAAGGAAAACUAUGAAGAAUUAUCCAAAUAUAUAAAAAAAGAAUUACUUACAAAUGUGUGUAUACUCAUACUUAUGAUGAUAUUCGAAGAAUGUAAAAAAGAAGAGUAUAUAGAAAAUGGUGAAUCGUAUUUUGAUAGUUUCAUAGCUGAAUUAAAGGAGAAAGAAUAUUAUGAUUGUAACCCAGAAUUUUUAGAAGAUAUUACUGAAGUUAACCGAGAUGACUUGGAAAAUAUAGAAAAUAUUGAUAAUAAAGAAGCCAGUUUUAGAAAUGAAAUAGAGAACUGGAUAACAGAAUAUGAUACAUAUGUAAAUUCCAUGAACAAGUAG